AGUUGGUAACUAGACUUAUAGAAUUGUCAUUAUUUUAUAUUCAAACGUCUGAAAGCAUAAAACAUUUUAUAGUAUGGCAAUCUUUUCUGUUCAAGUAACAACAUUUUAGUUAAAGUCAAUUUGACAAGUUCUUUCUAAAGUUUCCCUCAUUGCAAGUUGAGGGCUGACGGAACGUAACCAUGGGUCGUGUGAUUCGGGCUCAGCGUAAAGGUGCCGGUUCAGUUUUCGUGUCACAUACCAAGAAAAGGAAAGGAGCACCAAAGCUCCGAUCUUUGGACUAUGCUGAACGUCAUGGCUACAUAAAGGGAGUAGUUAAGGACAUCAUUCAUGACCCCGGUAGAGGAGCCCCGUUAGCGGUUGUACACUUCCGUGACCCCUACAAGUUUAAGACGCGUAAAGAACUCUUCAUCGCACCCGAGGGUCUUUAUACUGGACAAUUCGUUUACUGCGGCAAGAAAGCCACACUUGAAGUUGGAAAUGUGAUGCCCGUGGGAGCUAUGCCUGAGGGUACCAUUGUGUGCAACCUCGAAGAGAAGAUGGGUGAUCGAGGCCGGUUAGCACGUGCCUCUGGUAACUUUGCUACUGUUAUUGGCCACAACCCUGAUGCUAAACGCACAAGGGUGAAGCUUCCUUCUGGUGCAAAGAAAGUUCUGCCUUCUAGCAACAGAGGAAUGGUUGGUAUUGUUGCUGGCGGUGGACGUAUUGACAAGCCCAUCCUGAAGGCUGGUCGUGCAUACCACAAGUACAAGGUGAAGCGUAACUGCUGGCCAUAUGUCCGUGGUGUGUCCAUGAACCCAGUAGAGCAUCCUCACGGAGGUGGUAACCAUCAACACAUUGGUAAGGCUUCGACUGUCAAGAGAGGUACAUCCGCUGGUCGCAAGGUCGGUCUCAUUGCUGCCCGCAGGACUGGAAGAAUUCGUGGAGGCAAGACCGAGGCAAAGAAGGAGGCGUAAACUGUACUUUAUACCAAUUAAAAAUAUUAAUACAAAAAAAAAAA